CAGUGGGGAGCAGCUCGCGCCUAGGCUUUGGGCUGGCUGCAGUCUCAGAGAGAAGGCGGCCGAAGUGGCUGUCUCAUUUAAGAUGAGGCUUUUGCUGCUGCUUCUGAUGGCGGCGUCGGCAGUGGUCAGGAGCGAGGCGUCGGGCAAUCUGGGCGGCGUGCCUAGCAAGAGACUGAAGAUGCAGUACGCCACGGGGCCGCUGCUCAAGUUCCAGAUUUGUGUUUCCUGAGGUUAUAGGCGGGUGUUUGAGGAGUACAUGAGGGUUAUUAGCCAGCGGUACCCAGACAUCCGAAUUGAAGGAGAGAAUUACCUCCCACAACCAAUUUAUAGACACAUAGCAUCUUUCCUGUCAGUCUUCAAACUAGUAUUAAUAGGCUUAAUAAUUGUUGGCAAGGAUCCUUUUGCUUUCUUUGGCAUGCAAGCUCCGAGCAUCUGGCAGUGGGGCCAAGAAAAUAAGGUCUAUGCAUGUAUGAUGGUUUUCUUCUUGAGCAACAUGAUUGAGAACCAGUGUAUGUCAACAGGUGCAUUUGAGAUAACUUUAAAUGAUGUACCUGUGUGGUCUAAGCUGGAAUCUGGUCAUCUUCCUUCCAUGCAACAACUUGUUCAAAUUCUUGACAAUGAAAUGAAGCUCAAUGUGCAUAUGGAUUCAAUCCCACAUCAUCGAUCAUAGCCCCACCUAUCAGCACUGAAAACUUUUACAUUAAGGAAUUUUUGCAAGAGCAGCGCGACUGACAUUAUGAAGGCCUGUACUGAAGACAGCAAGCUGUUAGUACAGACCAGAUUCUUUUUUGGCAGGCUCGUUGUACCUCUUGGAAAACCUCAAUGCAAGAUAGUUUUUCAGUGCUGGCACAUUUUGGAAUUCUGCACAUUCAUGGAGUGCAAUAAUACUGUAUACUCUCCUAUCCCCAUUCAUCUAGUUAAUGUUUCUUUUUAAAAUGUAGGUAUUAUUACUACUUAUAACUUUUCCUCAGUCAUAUUUAAAAAAGGAGAAAUUGAAUUACAGUUUGUUUUUUUUCUCAAGAUGUCUGUUAAGUCUGUUUUGCUUUUUUAAAUUAAUUCUUGUUUUUUUACAGUUUAAAGUCAAUGUUUUGGGGAAUACAGCUCAAGUUCCCAAAUACUUUAUAAAGUUUAUCAGACAUUUCUUAAUUUGGCCAUGUUCAAUUAUAGUUUUCAAAAUAUUGCUGGUUAUGAACAAUGCAUUAUAAGAUUAUGGGGAGAGGGUCCAAUAUCUAGAGUACUCAACCAAUUUGUGUGUAUGUGUGUAUGCGUGUGUGAUACCAGAGAACUACUACAAAACCAACUGCUUUUUAAAUCCUAUUGUGUAGUCAAGUGUCUUGCCUUGACCAGUCUACUGAGUUGAAUUAACUGGGCCUUUACCUUUAUACUUAACUAAAUAAAAAACUAAGCAGAUGUCAGUUAAAUGAGAAAGUUUCAGUUUAUUGUUCAGUGUACCUGUUAACAUCAUAUUUAAUGAUUGCCUAAUUUUUUUUUAAAUUUACAGAUAAUAUCCACAAGGAACAAACUUUAGAUUCAUACACAAAUAAUAAGUUCAUUUACCAUUUUUAGGAUAAAUGAAACUCACCUCACUAAAUAUAAGUUCACUUGAACCUCUUUACAAUAUUAAUAUUGCCAGGUGUGGUGGUGUACACCUGUAAUCCCAGCACCAGGGAGGCUGAGGCAGGAAGAUUGCUGUAAGUUCAAAGCCAGCUUGGGCUAGCAUAGUUCAAGGAUAGCAUGAACUAUAUAGUGAGACCCUCUCAAAACAAUACAAAACAGAAAAGCCCCCAAAACAUUGUUAUUAGGUGAACAGAGAUCUCUUGUUCAGUAACCUAAUUUGUCUAGAACAUAUAUCAAAUUGAUUGAUUGAUUGAUUUUUUAGGCAGGGUCUCACUGGUGUAGUCCAGGCUGGCCCUGAACUCAAUAUGUAUCCCAGGCUGAUCUCAAACUUGGGAUUGUCCUGCUUCAGCCUUCUGAGUGCUGGGAUUACAGGCAUCCGCCACCAUGCCCAGCAAGAAUUUUAUUGUAUUUAAAAAACAAAAUUGAAAAAAUUUUAAAUUCAAUUUUAUGCAUUGUUCCAGAGUUCUAAAAGGAGUUUUCUAAAAGCUUAAAUUGAUAAAAACUAUAAGAAUUAUUUAACAGAAAUAGGACCAUAAUGUACAAAAAAAGUUACAUAUCAGCAGCAAUGACAUACUUCAGCUUCCAUAAAAUAAAGUAGUAGAGGCAAAAGUUGCCCUAGAUUUGUUGGUGGAAAUUAAGAGAUUUAAGGAAAAGCUGUGAGGUAGUAAAAUAUUGGUUUCACCUAAUUCUUUAGUAUUAUAUGAUAUCUAACUUUAAACUUGGUCACUGAAUAUUUACUGAAUGUAUAUGAGAUAAUGACCCAGAUUGUGUCAGCCUCAAGGUGGAACAUACUGGGAAUUCUAGAUUAUGGGAAUUUAGUCUAAUGAUUCACUGCAGAAAAUUGAUUAAAUGAUUGUCCUUUUUGUAGAACUGUUAACCUGAGUUCUUCAUACAGUGAUAGUCAGUAGACUUUAAAAGUUCCUUAAAAAUUAUUUAGGUAUAAUACCAUUUUAUCUUGUGUCAAACUCCCUGUCUCCUGCAAGUUGAAUAUCUUCUUUAGUGUGUCUUGGGGUUCUUUUUUCAGCUAAUGGACAGUCCAUUAGUGACACAGUUAACUUUUUAGCUCAUAGACAUUCAAACUGGGGCCUGAAUGUUCCCAUGGACCUGACAGGUCAACCUGAAGAACCUAAGAUUGAAAUCCAGCUUUCCCUAUGUUUGUGUUAGGUUAAAUAAUUGUCUUUUAGAGAAUAGAUUUAAGUGGCUUACCCACUGAAAAAACUCAGCUAUUUUGUUGACACUCGUCACUAUUUUGUCUUACGCUUAGCCAUAUUUAAAUCUAGAAUUUAAUAGGGUCUAGUAAAAAAAUCAGUAGAACACAUGAAUGUAAAAUACAUAUAAGGAAAAGGAGAAAGUAAACUAGAGUGUAACUCUUCCACUAACAUUUCAAAAUUUAUUAGUUGCUUAAUGGUGUGGCUGUGUAGUUUACAAAUGUCUAUGCACCAUAUUAAUUAAAAGAUUGUAGAACAUAUCAGCAAAUUGGCUAAAGUUAUUGAAGUUUUUUACUGCAGUUGUCAUUGUGGAAGAAAUUGUUAUAUUAAUAAAAAAUGAGUAAAACAUGGCUUUAUAUCUCAGUGUGUAAGAUAUGCAGACAGAUAUUCUUUCAUAAUAUAAAUGACAUGGUUUAUGGCACUAAUCUUAAGGAUAGCCUUUACAACUAUUAAAAUAUGGGAUCCUAAUGAUGGUUCAUUCUUUAAAUGUUAAUUAGUUUGGAACCUUAAUUGGCUGGCAGAUAUUCUGUCAUGGUCAUAAUUUAAAAUAAUUCAGAUUUUAAAAAAUAGCUUAGGAUUUUUAAACAUAGGUUAAUCUAAAGCUUGUAUUAAAAUCUUCAGAGAAACAGGUGAGGAACUGUAGAGUUUGUGGACUUACCUCUAUGGCAUAGUGAAAACAAAUUAAUGUGAAAGGAAACCCUGCUUUAUGGAAUUAAAUCUAUACUAGAACACUGAAGUUUUGCAUAGUUGCUUCAUGUUUAUAAAAAUGACUUAACACAGGUUCAGUACAUUGGGAACAUAGGAGAUACACAGAAUGACGUGAGAGGAAAGUUGUUUCUAAGAAAGUAAUUAUUCCAGUUAAUCUUUUGUCACUGCAACAUUCUUCCUGGUUAAUAUUUUAAAACUUUGUAUCAGUAUGCUUUAAAGGGAAAUAUUGAAUCUUCAAGUAUAAUUUAAAGCAACUGCUUUGAAAUGCUAGAUUUUCUCACAGCAAAGUAAGCCACGUCAUGCUUACAUUCUGCUCAUUUUAUAGUGACCAGUGACCUUGAUUUUCACACUAAACAAAAUACAUUCUUACAGUUCUGAGUAGAGAAAAAUGCCUACUUUUAGUUUUAUUAAAAGUAACUGUAAUGGAACUCUGAAUUGCUUGGGAAAUUCAAUCUGAACUAUUUUAUACCCUUCAGAGGAAAAGAUUGGUUCAUAUAACCAAAAACUCUGUUGUAAGGUUGGCCGCACGGAUUAUUAGAACUCUCCUGUAAAUUGGUCCCAUUUUCGUCAUAACCCUCCACCCUGAAUGAGGAAAAAAGGAUGAAGGAGAAGGAACGUAGGUAAAAUCCCAGAAAUGUCCAACGUGUGUCAUAUUUUCUAUCUUUGGUAUUUUUGUUUGUACAUGCUAAGCACACACUGUCACUGAGCUUUAUCCCCAUCCCCAACAUUUUCUAUCUUUGGAUUUUUUCUCUUUUUCACUAGAUACCCAUUUGUUGAUUUUUUUUUCUCAUUAUUGACUCUGUCCACCUACCUGAUUCCUUUUCAGGAUCAUAAUUAAGACAAAUCUAUGGCUUUGUGGUUAGAAGCUGCUCAGAUCAAAUACCUGUUUAACCCAACUGAGAGUUGUUUAGAAUUGAAGCCAGCAUUUAAUUGCUUGACUAAGAAAGAUAAGUAUUAGAACCAGAAGGCAGGUUGAUACCAACACUCCCUUAGGCCACUGGCUAUCCCUAUGUGUUGUAUGUACUAGCAACCUUACUAGAGGAUGAGAACAACUACAGCUCCGUUGUUCAUCUCUCUUGAGUUGCUAAGAUAAAGUCUGUGGAAAAUUGUGUUGAUUAUGUUUUCCCCUAAAUGCUAAGAGAAUGUAUUAGAGAAUGCUGCUGAAUUUUAUCUUGGUGCUGUGAAGCUAUCUUGAGCUUUUGUAGGAUGUUCAGCAGCACCUCUAUUCUCCCUUCUAGAAGCCAGGAGCAAUGCACCUCUCCCAGUAGUGACCAUCAAAACUGUCUCCUGGAGAAUAAAACUUCAACUGAGAACAAUUGCCUUAGCCAGUUGGUUUAUGCAUGCAUGCAUGCAUGCAUUCAUUCAUUCUAAAGCCAUUUUAGUCUUCCUUAAGCAUUCAGGCCUGUUUUCGUCAUGUUGUCAUUACUUUUCUUUACAUGUUUUUUUUUUUUGGUACUGUACAUUUAUGUAAUAUUUUGGAUCUCAUAUCCUUUCCAUGUUCUCAUAUGAAUCUUCUGAAUACAAAGUUCUUAUAUCCUUUUCAAUCAUUGCAGUAAUUCUUAAGCAUGGUGUAGCACUGUGGAUUACAUAGAAAGUAUAUCAGUUUAAAGGAAUGGCUCUAUAAUAUAGAUUGCUUUAUUUUAGCAAUUUAUUUAUAGUGCCCACCUAUAAUCUCAGCUACUCAGGAGGCUGAGUCAGGAAGAUCUUAAGUUCAAGCUAGCCUGAGCAACAUGGUUUGAUCCCUUUGAAACAAAAAUUGCCAUAUUUCUUAAGGUGGUUCACACACACACUGAAGGGAAACAGGAUGUAGCAGAGUGGGGAUUGCAUGCAACUUCAGGAGAAACAUUUCCUAGGAUAUCAAUUUUGCUUAAAAGAUUGAGGGAGUUAACACUAAAAACAAAAUUUUUAUGUUAAAACUAAUGAACAAUUUAGAACAAAACUUUCAUGAAUUUUAAAGUAACAAAAUUGUGCUCUAACAAGCAUUCUGGUAUUCUUGUAGCAUCACAUUCUUCAGACAUCUUUGAUCUUGGUUAUAUAACUUACAAGUAAUGUAGGAUUUUUUUUCCUUCAAAAAAUGAUUAAUGUUAGCUUUUGUGGUCACUCAUAUUCCCUUUGUAUUCUCUGUAAAUUUUCUUUUACUCUAGGAUUGAGUGUUGUGCUCUCAGAAUUGUUCUCAAAUCCAGUCUUGUGUUUACCAUUUAUUUUUUUAUUUUAUUUUAUUUUUUUGGUACCGGGGAUCGAACUCGGGUCCUUGUGCUUGCGGAGCAGGUGGCGAAACCACUGAGCUAAAUUCCUGGCCCAUGUUUACCAUUUAGAUGGUAACCUUUGGAUGUAAUUUAAAUUCCUUUUGGCAUCUAUUUGCUGCCCAUUGGAUAUGGAGCCUUUGGUUUUGACCUGAGAACAUGAAAUUCACUGCAAUUAAAAUACCUAGUGGUUUAGUAUGAUUAUUUUUUCUUGAUUUUCUAAGAAGCCAUCCUUGCUCUUUGUGGCCCAGUCAAUCCUGUCUUUCUUCCCUAGGAACAAUACAUUGUCUGUCCUAUGAGUAUUUCAAGGACAUUGAUCUUAGAUAUCCACUUUGGGGAAUAAUUUUGCUUAUUCCAAAUAAAAUUGUGUGAUAGAAAUUAAA